GUCGCCCCCCGCCGGCGCCUCAUCCUCCUCCGCCACGCCGAGAGCGACGCCCCCGGACGCUUUCUCAGGGAUCAUGACCGGCCACUGAGCAAAUCGGGGAGAGCUGAUGCGGCUGCUGUGUCCAGGAAGUUGAAGCAGAUGGAUUGGAUUCCGGAGCUUGUCUUGUCCAGUGAUGCCACUCGAACAAAAGAAACUCUUCAAAUCAUGCAGGAGAACGUGCAUGAAUUUUCAGAAGCUAAGGUUUAUUUUGUGCCAAGCUUCUAUUCGGUAGCAGCAAUGGAUGGACAAACUGCAGAUCACCUGCAAAAGAUAAUCUGCGAGUUUUCAAGGGAUGAGAUUCUUACAGUGAUGUGCAUGGGCCAUAAUAGGGGCUGGGAGGAAGCUGCCACAAUGUUAUCGGGUUCUCCCAUUGAAUUGAAGACAUGCAAUGCUGCCUUGCUUGAAGCUACUGGCAAAUCAUGGAAUGAGGCCUUUGCCUUGGCUGGCCUUGGAGGAUGGAAACUCCACCGAAUUCUGAGACCUGAUGAUGCAUCUUCAUAAGAUGGCGCACACAUUCAAUUUUGAUUCUCGGCCUCUUUCAAUGUUGAUGAGCGAUGAGAGUAGUUUAGUUCUAUUAACAGUGUUCUUCCCCAUUUGAAUCAAUAGAUUUGCAGAUUUUUGUACAAAUAUGAAGCUGGUUUUGCUAGUUAGAAAUAAAAAUUUAAAGAAGAUUUAGGACGAUUACCACGAA